AUGCAGUUCUCACUCUCCAUCGCCACCUUUGUGCUGGCCAUGACCGCCUCUGCCGCGCCCAGCGCCAAGCGCCAGAACAUCCUCGCUUCCGGCGACAACAUGCAGGGCUCCAUCUUCCAGUUUGGCGACCCAGCUCCUGCUCGCCAGACUCUGUACACCGUUGGAUCUUGCGGCCUCAGCACCUACUUCCCCAACGCGGUUGACCCCAGCAUCCCUCUGGUUGCCAUGCCCGCCGUCGUCUUUGACCAGUUCGGCGCUGCUCAGAACGACCAGCUCUGCGCCAAGAUCAUCACCAUGACCCACAACGGUGUCACUCGCCAGGCUGCUGUUGCCGACCGAAACUCUUUCGACUCUAUUGAUAUGACUUUGGAUCUCUGGGAGGCUUUCGGCGGACACGAUGGCGAUGGCACCAUCAUCCAGGGCUUCAGCUGGUCCAUUGCUGCUUAA